AUGGACAUCUGGAUUGCAGUGUGCAUUACUCAGCUUAUGAUGGUGUUUAUAAUCAACGCCUUCACUCUCGUCGUCUUUGCAAGGAGCCGCUAUCUACGCAGGCGCAACACGUACUUGAUAAUGAACCUAACUGUUGCUGAUUUACUGAUAGCAGCCGUUUCAGGACCUGAAGCCAUUCUGUUUUUUAUACCAAACAAAAGACCGAAAAGAGGCCUCGGGGUCUUAUAUUUAAUAAUCUCUGAUAUGUGUUGGAUAGCUUCACUGGGUAACCUAGUUUUAAUUUCUUUAGAGCGAUUACACGCAACACUAUAUCCAUUUAGGCAUUGCUUAGUUGGGAAACGCACUUACUAUAAGAUUAUCAUUUUUAGUUGGUUCGGAGCUUUGACUCUAGCAUGUGGUCUACAAGUCAGUCGCAUGAAUGAUUCAUCCCUCGCAGAUCGAUACCCCUGGACAAUUUAUACUUUUCUUACUGUAGCAGUGCUAACAACAUCUUAUGCUAUAAUUAUUUCAAGAUUUAUUAGAAAACCUCAUGUCCAGCAGUUAGGGUCAGUCAUCUUAGCCGAAAGAAAACUUUCAGUAACUUUAUUCAUAGUUAGUGCUGCCUCUACAAUUACUGUUCUUCCCUUUGCAAUAGUUACUUGUAUUUUGAUAAGUUCAGACCGUGACAAAUGGACUGAAUUCACACCGUACAGGAUAGCCAAUGGAUUUUAUUACCAUUUAGAGGGUACAAAACGGAUAGAGCCAAAAGACAGAGUAAAUGAUUAUGAAACUUGUAAGAGCGACGAAUGACUCCAGCGCCCGAUAAUUUUAUGCACCAAACGGGAAUACCUAACUAAAUAAAAAGUAUGCGAAAAUUUACAUGUAUACGGCAACAAAAUACCUAUAAAAAAGGCAGAACCUAAUUUUCUUCAAACCACAAGAAAACCGGAAAUAAUUUUAACCCUUUUUAUCACGAUUUUCACGAUUUCUUUUCUGCUUUUAUCGACAAGCUCAGCGAGUGUCAAAUUUUAUAAGUUAACAACCCUUGACAAAAUGAUUUUAUUAGCGGUAAAAGUACCUAGCUCAAACAAGCGUUUAAUUUUCCCCUCAAUUUUAUUUACGGACAACCAUUGUCAAGAAGUCAUAUUUGAGAAAUAUAAAAAAGCGGGAAAAGCUCACAGCAGAGAAAGGAAAUUUGCUUGCGGACCACCAUGGAAACGCCGUUUCUAAACUUUUUCAAAUCAAUUUUCAUUGUGAAGCAAGUUGUUUUGUAAUUUUCAGGUAUAAAUGAACAGUGAUCCAACGUACUUUUCAGUCAGGUCUUUGAAAAAGCGAACUGCAACGCUUUUAAAAAUGAUAUGUACAACGGUUAAUUGUUAACCUUCACUUCUUUUUCAUUAGGAAACACUUGUCUUCCAUAAGGCUUAAUAAAACCUAGAAAUGUAUUAUCUUUGAAAUACUGACCUUUUUUGGGAUGAAACAAAGUUUAAGUUUUUGAGUAAAAUAUACCUUGGUAAGGUUUAUCAUCUACAGGUACAUUGUUGCUUUGGAUCUCUAAAAAACGGAAUGCAAUAAUAGUGCUAAACAAGUCCAUCUUUGCUUUGAAAAACAAUGUGAUUCAGAUAUACACCGUUUCCGGGAAGAACACUAACCAACUUAAACACAUGACUCUGUAGCUAAUACAAGCAUUGACCCUCAAACACAGUUAAUCACAAAGAAAUAAUAAAUACACUUCAGAAGUGAUAAAUAAAGUUUCUGAUCAUAAAUAAUUUAGAUGCCACCUUCUGGCUCUCAUGCAUGACAAAAGCAACUUUGUUGCUGUUUAAUACAGAAAGAUUGAUUGAUUUGUGACCUCUCAGAAGAGUACUUGACCACAAUUUUACUGUCUUCAUUGACUAUGUGUGUUCAGCAAAUCCUACAAGAAAGAAAAACAAAAGGAAAUUUAAAACACUGUUUAAAAAAUAACAACAACACUUAAAAUGUCAGUAGGUGUUUUCCCAUUGAUGCAACAAUUAUUUAUAGUUUAUGUAAGGGAAAAGUACAAAAUUUAUUCGAGUCUCUUCAGUGCCUUCGAAUACAAGCUGCGAGGAGCGACGUGAGGCGAUUGUAUUCACUGGAUAUGUAAUAUAGUAGUUUUAUUUCAACAUUAAAAGAUGAGCGAAAUUAACAUUUUAUACUGCUUCACGAACAAUACUUGAGCGAAACAGUUCUAAACACAAACCUGUCGGUCGAUUGGAACUUUACACACCGUGUGCGUACACUUGCUCGGCGCCAGCUCCGAACGUAGUUAGUUUCAGCCAUUUUCAAAUGAAAUUUAUGACUGAAAAAUAGCAGCUAGCAUUCAGUCUGUAACUAUGCCUAUGCCACAAUUCCAUCCUUCAAACAUCUGUCAAUCGUAGUUAAGAAUAGAAACAAGAAGAAACCUUCAUAACAAAGGCGUCCCAAAACAGUUGCCAAGUGUACUAAAUAUGGCUGUGGUAAAGUCAAUUUUUGGGACGCAAUUUUCUCAAAGACAAGGACAAAUAACACAAAACAACAACAAGAAGUGCUUACCUUGAAGGUUCAAGUGUGGCUUUGAAGGAUCGCCAUCGUCGUAAGACAACAAACGAAAGAAAAAACACCCACCAAAAAUUAAAGUACCACUAAAAAAUCCGAAAAAGAACAACAUGUAGGUAAAGAAACCCUACAUUUCGACUGGUUUGCGCCACAUUUUCGCCAUCGUUUCGCCACAAAUCUCCACUAUGAUGGAACCAUCCAACGCCAUCUUGGAGCACGAACCAACCAAUCCGCGAUAAGAAAUCAGCCUACGUGACAUAAGUUUCCUAUCCAGUCUUUCUAUUAUCCAUGUCGAAACCAAUUAUUUUCUCGAUUUACUCUUCUCUAAUAAGUUAUUUUACAACUUGUUUAAUAAAAUUUGGUGAUUUACAGUAUCAAAGUCUUUGCUUAAGUCUAAAAAUAUGGAAACUGCAUAGUCUCCUUUGUCAAGAGUGGCGGUAAUUUCUUCUAUUAAAUCUACUAAUAAAACAAUCAGUAGUGUUACUAGCAGGGCGGAAGCCAUAUUGCUUUGGAGUAAGAAUAUCUUCAGUGGAUAAAUAGAACAUAUUUUGAUUGAAAAUUAUUAUUAAAAAUUAUUACCAUAUUUAAUACCAUUCUGAUCAUUCUGUAGUGGUAAACAUUACAAACUUUUAAUGAUCUUAGUGGUAAACAUGACAAACCUUUAAUGAUCUCAUCUAAAGGCCGGAGCUCAUUGAGGGUAUAUAUUCCUAUCGAUGCGUUUUUGUUAAAUUUUAUAUGCUUUGAGCUUGCAAGGUGUUAUAACUGAGUGAGGAGUAUUACAGACCGAGUUAUACAAUCUGUUCCUAGUCAUCACUUGCACCUUUAAGAGAAACAAAAUGUAAGUAACUGUUUUAUUUUUAUUUAUUUAUUUAUUUUUUUAAUUUCAGAAGAAAAUAAAACUUAAGGCAGCUGUGAAUUCAAGAGUCAAUGUCAGUAAGAAUCGGAGAUAAUUUCAAAAUCGCGGACACAGCUCAAAAUUCGUUUUACGUUGAUAGAGUAUUGUAUCGUAGUUAGCAAAAGAGGGCUAGUUUGGUCUAAUUUUUGCGUUUAUUAGGAGAAUUAAAUAAAAUCGGUUGGGUCCGUUUUGAACCAAAAUGACCUCUUUGAUGAACCGAAAUUUCACUAUGUUCGUGACUCUCUCAAGUUAGCGGGAUAACGCCUGUAACUGAUUUCUUACCUUGAAGAAAUAGCUUGCCCCUUGGUAAAUUAAAUAUUGUUUAUAUUGACAGAUUAUUUACUUUAUAAGACCCGUGGAGAGUUUUUCGUUGAACGCACUUCGUUGCCUUUUCUGAAUGGCUCUGAAGUGAUAUAAAAGACCUGCCUAAAAAUCCGGCCGGUUCUCCAAAAUAAAUCUUCAGAAUAAGCUUUCUCUACAGCUUAAGAUAGAUGUUUUAUGUCCUCUUUUCAUUUCCUUGGGAUCUUGAUACGACCUCCCCGAAGUUUGCUAAUUGGCGGAUUUUUAGACGACCGCCAUAUUGAUACUGUGAGAAAGUACCGUACAAAAAGACGUAUUACUUUUGUUUAAAAUGCGUCUAAAAUUAUAAGUGCAAGUGACAUUUAGUUUGGUAAUAAACAAAAGUCACUGCCUCUAUGUUAUUUUUAAAGUUAACGGCAAUUUUGGCAAUUGUUUUAUACAGCGACUAUGAUUCCAUGCAUGAUAUCGUGACAUUGGUUUCCUACAAGUCGCGCACCGACCUUUGACACCGUCAUAAGACUUUAUGUAUUAAACGUCGAAUAACGGGUGAGCGAGUUCCCUAUUGAUAUCUUCAGCUUUAUAUUCCGUUUCCUUUGGGUUUCACAAUGUGGAGGAAAGGAAACCUCGAAAUCUUUAAUUUCACUGCAAGAAGCCAUUAUGCAAAUACAGAACACCUGCGUAAAUAGUAUAUCCUUCUUCAAGAUUGUCAACACGGGAUUUUAAAAACAGAAUUAAGAAAUCCGUCAGAAUAUCAGGUAAAGGUUCUGUCAAAAGAUGCCUUCAAAACUGAGAAAAGUUAGAUUUUGGACUGGCAUAAAGUCGCUUAAAAUGGGGAUUGCGUUGAAACUGGCAUCAACAAGAUGCAUGAAACAUAUUUACGUUACACACAUGUUUACAUUUGCAGAUGAUCCUCCGGAUAUGAAUUACUUUUGGCGCAAGUUACAAGUCAACCAGUUUUCACGGCAAGAAAUUUGACCUCAUUUACCAAUAAUUUUACGAAACGGCAAAUCAUGGAAAGUUCAGUAUUCUCCAUCUGCUUCCCAUCCUAAUUUUCCUUGUGAGAAUUCAAGGAAAAUCGGGAGUUUACUUUCCUUUUUCCUGCCUUUACUGCGAUGGCUCGGCUCACUCCUUGUUUCCUCGUCAAAUAUAGUCGUUGUGUUGCAUAGAGGACGGGCUAACCCACUAGUUGAGAUCUCGUUUCGAGCCAAUGGGAUCUCGUCAGCCUGGCUUCUCAUACAAACACAACAAAAAUUUUAAAGGCAAGAGCCGAGCCAACACGAUAAUGAGAGCAAGCGGGUCAGAAACUUUUGCCGUUGGAUACCUAGACUCGAACUUAUUUUGUUUUUGUCGAAGGUUCCAUUUGGAAACAAUCAAAUGUUACAAGCGCAAGGUUGACAAGAAUGCCCCUUUAAUCAAAGGAUGCCUGACGAAGUAGAGGAUAUCCGGUUUGCAGUGCUGACUACAGAAUUUUGUUUUAUAUCUAUAAUCAACACCUUAACGGUUGUCGCUUUUGCGAGAAGUCGCCGUCUACGCAAGCGCAGUACAUACAUAGUAAUAAACCAAACUGUGGCUGAUUUUCUGGUUGGAGCUGUGGCGGGACCUGUGUACCAAAAUGGUCUACAAGGACCGCAACAUGGUCUCAGUUGGCGAAACUGUUGGAGGGCGAUCAUUGACAGCUUUUAUAUAGUUUCAGUAGGCAAUCUAGCAUUAAUUUCUUUAGAGCGACUGCACGCCACACUUUAUCCAUUUAACCAUUGCUUGGUCGGGAAACGUGUUUACUGUAAGAUUAUCUUUUGCAGUUGGUUUGGGUCCUUCAUUUUAGCUCUGUAUUUGUCAUUCUUGAAAUAAAUGAACCGGUUGCAUCUCGAGGUGCAUGGGUAAGCUAUACUUUCGUUACCGUUACACUUCUUACAGCAGCAUAUGUUAUCAUUUUAUCAAAGGUUUUAAGCAAGCCUUAUGCCCAGCGGUUUAGCUCAGUUAUUCUAGUGGAGAGGAACCUUUCCAUAACAUUAUUAACAGUCACCGCAGCCUCUAUAGCUACUCUUCUUCCAUGGGCAAUAACAAGUUGUGUUUCUCUACGUUUAGGUUACUUGAGGAUUCAAUUAUUACCAUUCAUAAAUGUUACAACCUUUAUACUUGCGAUUUAUUACCUAAACUCGGUCUUGAAUCCACUCAUUUAUGCCAUUAGAUUACGACAGUUCAGGAGAGCUUUGAAAGGGCUUUUCUGCAAAAAUACUUCAUCUACAGGACGGGCCCUACCCACUGACCUUCUAGAAAUGUAG